GUGUAUUUAUGAUGCUGUCAGCAAUUCUGGACAGUCCGCUUUAGACAUUGCUAAAUUCUGGAACCAUGUCAAUGUUAUUCGCGUAUUUGAAGACCAUCCAAGGACUUCUUACAAAGACAAAGAAGCCCCUACCAACUUCUUUGGUUAUAACCCCCUUGAUCGAUGUGCUGUUAAACGGUCAGAUGAUAAGUGGCUGGAAUCAACAUUACAGAAAGAUGAUUCUGUGUUUCUCUUGUACAGCAACUCAUAUCCUCUAGUUAAAUUUGAUCCAAACGGAAAGCCGCAGCUUUGUCAAUUCCGCUAUAACAACAUAAGAUCCAUCAUUGAUAACACAACAACUAAACCAAAUAUUAUUUUUCUGGGUGCUAAAUGUAAAGAACAAGAAGGCAGUAAUGAUUUCAAUGAGGCUUGGUUUGCAGUUGAUGCAACAGGUGUUCCUACUGAACAAAUCACUGACUUGGCCCCAGGUGCUGAAUAUCUCAGUGGUGCAGGCGGUCUCCGUUUGAUGCAGCUACAUGAGUCAAUAGCUGGUAUUGUAGCACAAGGAAGGUCACUACUUGCUUGGCAUGCAAGGUACAAGUUCUGUCCAACCUGUGGAAAUAAGACAUUUCUGACCGAAGCUGGGUACAAACGAAAAUGUGAAAAUGAUGAGUGUAUUAACCAUAGAGAGAUACACAAUUCAAGUUAUCCUAGGACAGACCCUGUAGUGAUUAUGUUGGUGGUUUCGUCUGGUGGAGAUAAAUGUUUGCUUGGCAGGGCUAAAUCAUGGCCACCAGGUAUGUACUUCUGUUUAGCUGGGUUCAUGGAGCCAGCUGGGUUCAUUGAGCCAGGUAUGUACUUCUGUUUAGCUGGGUUUAUCGAGCCAUGCAUGUACUUUUGUUUAGCCGGGUUCAAAGAGCCAGGUAUGAACACCUGUUUAGCUGGGUUCAUGGAGCCAGCCAUGAACACCUGUUUAGCUGGGUUCAUGGAGCCAGCCAUGUAUUUAUGUUUAGCUGGGUUCAAGGAGCCAGCUAUGUACUCCUGUAUAGCUGGGUUCAAGGAGCCAGGUAUUACUUCUGUUUAG